UGAACACAUAAAACUAUGGUGAAGAGGCUCAGAAGUCACGAGCAGGCAGGCUGCUCUACUCUGCUGCGGCGCACCGGCGAUCCCUCCCCACCUCCAACCUCCCCGCCCUCCUCCUAUAUAUUCUCGCCCCCUCCACCCUUCCGGGUCCUCCACUACCCCGCCUACCAGAGCAAGAACGUAUCGGUCGAGCAACCAGUGGGCAUUUCUAGCUCGUCGUCGGCAACGGCAAUGGAGGAGUACCAGCAAGUGCAGCAGCAGCAUCAGGGUGGUGGCCGGGGGAGCAACAAGAUCCGGGACAUCGUGCGGCUGCAGCAGCUGCUGAAGAAGUGGAAGAAGCUGGCGACGGUGACGCCGUCGGCGGCGUCGGGCGGCAAGGGCGGCGGGAGGAGCAGCGUGCCGAGGGGCUCCUUCGCGGUGUACGUGGGCGAGGAGAUGCGGCGGUUCGUGAUCCCCACCGAGUACCUGGGCCACUGGGCAUUCGCGGAGCUGCUCCGGGAGGCCGAGGAGGAGUUCGGGUUCCGGCACGAGGGCGCGCUCCGGAUCCCCUGCGACGUCGAGUCCUUCGAGGCCAUCCUCCGCCUCGUGCAGCAGGGCGGCGGCAGGAAGAAGGAGCCCACUGCCGCCAUGUGCGACUGCUCCUCCGAGACCGAGAUCCUCUGCAGAUGACGGCCCACGAGACGACGACAACGCCAUGAAUCAAGGCCUCGCUCUCGUCUCAAUGCUCUGCUCUGAAUCUCUUUCGUUCUUUGUUUUUUUUUUCCUCUCUCCUUUCUUGGGUUGCUUCUUUCUUUCUUCUUGGUUUUUUUCUGAAGAAAGGAGGAGAGGUUGCAUUGCUACUGAUAAGAUCUGUAAUCUGUACAACGAUAGGAGGAGAUGAAGGAUUUUUUUUGUUUUGUUUUAUCAGAACAAGGAUCUAAUGUAAGACAAACCAAACAAAGCUUUGAUCUUGCAACUUCUGAUGGUUUAUGCCA